CAUAGGCAGCUAAAACAUUUACGGAAGCUGCGAAGGGCCUGUGUUGUCAAAUGAUUUGUGGCAGUGGCAAAUAUGAUAGCAUAGCAUUUGCUCGUUUUACACGUCGUUAACAUUUUUUUUCUAAAGUGCUGUUUUAACUGGUAGACUUAUUAAGCUGUGCCGUCGAUGUACUCUUUUAAAUCGGUAUUGUCAAGAAUGUCAACUGAUACAUAACGUUAGCUAGCCAUUUCCAGAAUUAUCCGCUAACGACAUGUCAUUGAUUAAGUUUGCUAUGUAGAAAAGAGUAGAAAGGUAUACUCAGAAAACAUAUUAUUUAUGAAUAGUUUAGAAAAGCGUUGUUGUUUGGUGUUCUUUCGGAAUGGCAGACGAAGCUCUAUUCCAGUUUCUUCACAAUGAAGUCAUUCAAUAUGUGUACAAAUCAGCCGAGAGUGGAGAGAUGGAAAAUGGGAGAUGCAUUACCAAACUGGAAAACAUGGGAUUUAGAGUCGGACAAGGACUCAUAGAAAGAUUUACAAAAGAUACUGCACGCUUCAAAGAUGAACUUGACAUCAUGAAGUUCAUUUGCAAGGACUUUUGGACCAGUGUUUUUAAAAAGCAAAUUGACAACCUGAGGACAAACCACCAGGGUAUUUAUGUACUUCAAGACAACAAAUUCCGUCUACUUACACAGUUGUCUGCAGGUAAACAGCAUCUGGAACAUGCUCCAAAGUAUCUAGCAUUCACUUGUGGCCUGGUGAGAGGGGGGCUCUCCAACCUUGGAGUGAAAAGUAUUGUCACAGCGGAAGUCUCUAUCAUGCCUGCAUGUAAAUUUCAGGUCAUGAUUCAGAAGUAAACAAAGUGGACACUCCAUCCAAUAUCCACAGAUAUAUUGAUCAUCCUUGUUGCCUUUUCUGUUGAUUUUAAAAGGGAAACUUGAAGUAUCCCUGCAUGAAAUUAAUGUUAUGAUCAGUUAAGUGUCUGUCUUUCAGUAUGUUUUCUUGUUACAUUAACUGUAAUCAAUUAUGGAUCAUGAAGUUUAUUGUUAGGAUUACAGUCAACUGAUUAUCGACAUGUGUAAUUAUGUUUGCACUGAGUAUCCACUAAAGGCCUAUGAUUGCACAAAGUUAGGAAUUAUGUUAUUUUAAUGGUCUUAAUAAUGUACACAUUCAUAUACAGCAUAUUCAUUCUUUCAUCAUGUAAUUAAAUAAUUAUGCAUUUCUGUUUGUGUGCUAUUAUGUGGUGCUAAGGUUCAUCCUGAUAAUCCUUAUUUUACCAGAAUGCACUGUAUGCUCUGUGUUGAUUUGUGCAGUUGCAAUGCAUUGCAUGUGUUAAUAGAACCCAUUCCAGACCAGAAAA